AUGCUGCAACUGAUCGACCUGUACAUGUACCAUGGUGACAAAAGUUCAUUUGGGAGCCAAAAGCUCCGUAGCAAGCUUAACCGAGUCAAUCACCAGAGCAUUCCGACUGGUAGCCUCCCUAGCCCACGCACCACCAACAUUAGCCUGGGUGAUAUCCUCAUGUACGGAGAUGGUGCCGCGGAUUGGUCAAAAAUUGGGUGGAGGUCGACGCUGAUUACUAAAAUUUCGAUGAUCAUCUUCUCGACGACCACUUGCUUCCAUCCACCUAGCGCGGUACAGAGGUCAAGCACCGAAUUAGCGGAACGGAGAAAGCUGAACUUUGAACCAACUUCCAUGCGGGUUGAGAUCUGUAGCCAUGCUAAAAACGGUUCACCAUCAUGA